GCUUCCUCUAGAAGUACAUAAAAUCAAUCAACAUGAAUAUUCUGGUCUUGUCCUUGCUGGUGGCUGUGGCUGUGGCUGAGAGACCGUCCCUCUCCUACAACGCCCCUGCGCCCCACACGUCCUCGCCCGUUCAACAGAUCCCCAUCAUCCGCGACGAGCGAGUCCAUCCUGCCGCUGACGGCUCUUACAGCUUUGACGUUGAGACUGGAGAUGGCAUCGUCAGGAGCGAGUCUGGCGGUCCAGGUGGUGCUCAACAGGGAACUGUGAGCUUCACCUUCCCAGAUGGCCAAGUCUUCGACCUUCAGUUCGUCGCUAACGCUAAUGGUUACCAACCUCAGUCGCCCUUCCUGCCCGUCGCCCCAGCCUUCCCCCACCCAAUCCCCGCCCACGCCCUCGAGCAGAUCGAGCGUGGCCGACUCGAACUCGAAGCUCGCGCCCGCGGAGAGCAACGUCAGUCAUCAAGCCAGGGACAAGCCAGCCCUUCUCGACAUUACGGCCAACCUCAGUAAAGUGGCCUUUGCUGAACUGCAACAUAUUUUUGUUUCCUGUUCUACCUUCAUGUCCUUCAUCGCCCUGCUAUGUAAGCUUGGCAUGAUUUGUUAUAUAUUAUGUGAUAUCUCAUUCUAAUUAAA